GUGUCCAUGGAGAGAGGCUGAGGCGUCCGAAGCUCCGGCCCAAGGCACCAGGGCGCCGGGACGGCGAGGAUGUCGGCGUCGUUAGUCCGAGCCACUGUCCGUGCUGUGAGCAAGAGGAAGCUGCAAGCCACCCGGGCCGCCCUCACCCUGACACCUUCAGCAGUAAACAAGAUAAAACAGCUUCUUAAAGAUAAGCCUGAACAUGUAGGUGUGAAAGUUGGUGUCCGAACCAGGGGUUGUAAUGGCCUUUCUUAUACUCUAGAAUAUACGAAGACAAAAGGAGAUUCUGAUGAAGAAGUUGUUCAAGAUGGAGUCAGAGUGUUCAUCGAAAAGAAAGCACAGCUAACACUUCUGGGGACAGAAAUGGACUAUGUUGAGGACAAAUUAUCCAGUGAGUUUGUGUUCAAUAACCCCAACAUCAAAGGAACAUGUGGCUGUGGAGAAAGCUUUAACAUUUGACUCCUCGGGACUGCUCUGGCCAUGAGCUCCAGGACAGCUGAGGAAGCCCUGGCUCACUGAAGACAUCAAGUGACUCACAUGUGCUUAAGGUUGAUAAUGCAUGGCUGCCUUAUGUGGAAAAUAAACUGAUGCAUUUUGAAAAUGAAGUCAGUGUGUUAGAUUUCAGAAGUUACAUGUGUCUUCUUUUUAGGGGACAGAAUGUUAGAAGCCAUCACUUUCUUUGGGCCAUUUUUCUGAUCUGUAAAGAAAAAAACCCUACCCUACUCUUAAUUCUCUUGCAUCCUUUCUGUUAGAACCAGUUUUACAGAAGGUGCCUGCCUGGGAGGAUUUCAGUAAACACAUUCUUAAUAGGUGUGCACUCUUCAGAUUUCUGUUGAACCUCCAAUGUGCAUAUCCAGGCCAGAUUGAUGGUUCUUGAAAUUCAGAGAAAGUCCUGACCACUGGGUUUACAUGGUGGUGCAUUUUUCUAACCAAACUUGGCACGGCCUUUCCACAUUUUUUCCAAAAUUUCAUUGUCAGAUGCCUCAUUUGCUUACCUUUUAGCAGCAUCAGCCAUUAGAUGAAAGUGUCAAAGAUAUCCUUGAACCACAGUGCAGAAUAGUUUUGAGUGAUAAUAUCAAAAGAUACUUUGCCCACCAUUUUUCAUUCAUUUCUUUUGCCACUCUAAAUGUCUGCUCAAGGUGGGAUCUCAGACUUUAGACCCUUUUAUUUGAAAGGUCUCUUACCAUCUAGCGCACCCUCUCAAUUCUAUACCUGAGGAAGCAAAACCGCAGGGAAGGAGAAGGGCUGUGUCCACCCGCACACUGCAGGGGACCAUUCACAUGUCCCCUUCUGUGUAGGUGACACGCCAGCCUGGCGCUCUGAGACAGGCAGCGAAGGUAAAUGGGUGGUCUGGCUUCUCUAGCUGAUUGACAUUUUGAUAAGAUUUCUAUGUAAUUUCUAUUUUGAGUGAGAAAAAUCUUAUUUUUAAACCCCUUUAUGUGAAUGUCCAUGUUGCUGCUUUUGAAGUAUGAAGCAAUGGUUUGUACAGCAGGGAAGACAUUGCAGCAACCCAGAAACGCUUUCGGAAUGAAGUAGUGUUUGCGAAGCAGAACACGGGUCUCCUAGAGUUCCCAGUGUACGUACACUUCCUGGAUCCUAAGUCUAAUCUAAUAUUUUAACCUAACAUUUUUAUCACCAAUUUUUCUUUUUAACAGUGUUCCUUUUGUAAUUUAAUUCUUUAUUUUCCUGGGUUUGAGAUAUUAAGUGUUUUUAUGAGAUGCCAUUUGCUUUUUUUGAAAGCCGAGUCUUAUGAAUUGAAGUAGCUGAGUUCUUGAUAUUUGUCAUAUUUACUAAAGUACUUGUCACAAAGUGCACCAAAACCUAUAGCAGUAGCUUUAUGCUCAUGAGUUUGUAUUAAUAUAAUUGUCAACCCACUUAUAAGUUGUGCAAUACUGAAUGUAUGUAGUGAUUGAGUUGUCAAUAAAUUAAAAAAAGUGGCCUCUUUGUGAUCAUGAAA